AUGUUUCACGAGGGUGACCUGCAGAGCGGCAUUGGCCUGGCACUCCAACAGUCGAAAGCAGUACUAUGCUUCGUCCAAGAUCAGUCAGAGGCGAGUCGGGAAUGGGAGUCUGUUUUGAACGGGGAAUCGAUCAAGACUGCGAUCACCUCACAAGCCGUUGCUCUGCGCAUCGAGGCGGGCUCCCAGGAAGCUGGCUUUCUCUCCCCAAUAUGUCCAAUCGACAGUAUUCCCGCGAUUAUUGUUAUCAAGAAUGCCCAACUACAAGAGAAUAUUCAGUCCGGCCAGGUUUCGACCGAUGAGCUUCGAAGUCGCCUGAAGAGAGCGUUUGGUGUGAAGGAGCCUGAGCAAGAGUCAGCCGUGCAUGAGGAGACUCUGCAGCCAGAGCAACGGUCUUCCUCAGACCACACAGGAUAUCUCGAUCUACAGCCUGUCACUGAAGGUACACGCAUAACGAACAACGCCUAUGAUGCUCUACGGAACCAUACUCAGAAACUGCUUGAAGAUGGCAAAUCUCCUUCCGACAUCUUUGAGACUCAACUGAACUUGAUAAACAACAUACCGAUAUUUCGAGAUGAGGUGAAAAGACUACGCACAGGUGCACAGGGUGAACUGUCCGAACACGCACGAUCUAGACUGCUACGUUUUCCAGCAGUUGGACUUCGAAUACCUGGCCAGACGCGGUCCUCAACCACUCCUACUCCAUCCCAGUCUCAACAGACCUUGCACAAUGGCCCAUCCUCGCAGACGUCGACAAUACACAACGCGAAAUCCCCUCCCGUCCCACGAAAUGAUACCUCGACGUCUUCCAAUGACCCACCUUCCGAUGAACGACAACGAGCACAACGAUCAGAAUACAUCAAGAUGCAACGCGAGCGCGAACAGCAUCAACGAGAGGAACGCGACCGCAUCAAAGCUCAGAUAAAAGCCGACCGCGAAGAACGUCGACGUCUCGAGGAACUCCGCAAGCAAGGGGAUAUCGCCAAUUCGUCGUCCGGGUCCUCGUCACCGUCGAAGCCAAGAUCUACGGAAGUCAGGGUCCAGGUCCGCACAUUCGACGGCAGCACACUCCGCUCGACAUUCCAACCGACUUCCAGUUUAUCCAAGGACGUCCGGCCCUGGGUCGAUGCGGAAUCAAACAUCACCGCUCCGUACAAUCUCAAGCUGAUCCUGACGCCUUUGCCCAAUCGCAGCAUCGAGGCGGCCGAGGAGGAGCAAGAACUCCACAAUCUCGGAAUAGUAGGAAGUUGCACGCUCGUCAUGGUGCCCGUCAAGGGUUACGUGGAAUCAUACACCGGUUCUUCCACGGGUGGACUGCUCAGCAGCGCUGUGAGCGGAGGAUACAACCUCGUCAGCGGCACGGCCGGUGCCGUCUUUGGCGGUGUCAAGAGUCUCCUAGGAUACAACACCCAAGAAACUGCCGCCGACACCUCUGCCUCUGCCACUGCCGGGGGACAAGCGUCGACAUCGAUACCACAGAGUUCCGCAAGGAACUUUCGGGUACGAACUCUGGCCGACCAGCGCGCUGAAAGUGCGAGACGCGACCAGCAGUUCUACAAUGGCAAUCAGUUAAACUUUGAGCCGAAAAAGGAUGACGACAAGCGAGAUUGA